AUGAAUACUUCCAUAUCUCCAGGUGCCAAACCCGCAGUGCCGCUGACAGGCCCUACUGGGGCUUUUAUGGUGGAGUUGCUGAUCUGGAACGGAUCGCCCUUCAAAGAUCACUGGGCGUACUUUGUUCGGUCGCACACGGACCCUGAUAUCGGCGUAAAGAUACAUGCGACCGGCAAUGUGAGAAGUGGCUUCGAGUUCGAAAUCAAGCGUAGUGAAAACUUGCAAACAACCGAAGACAUUCCUUCGACGAGGGUCCCGCUGCAGUGGGUCGACGCAAACUACUUUAACGAGAAGGCUAUGCUUAACGACGGAGAAUAUAAAAUCGACAAUGCGCCUGUCUGUGGCUUCGAGAGGAGUGCUUACGAGGUCAAAGCUCCAGGGAAAAGUCUGAACACAGUCAGUGACGGGUCCAAGCCAGGUAGGAAAGUCAUCCAGAGGGACUGCCAGACAUGGAUUGUCGAGUCUGCCGAUCAACUUCGCCGUGACAAUAUUUUUAGCAAUGAGGUUGUCGCUUACCUUCACGCAAUUAAACUGUGA